UUCAGGAUGUGACUGGUUCUGGUCACACGGCUCCGCUCCGCUGCACUCCGGCUGCACCGACUCCGGCAGCGGCGCGUCAGUGAGGUUCCAGCCUUCGCUAAACAAAAUGGCUGGGAAAGAAAUGGCAAAACCACUGUUGGCUAAUGAGAAUGAAAGUCAUCACUAUGACCCACAGAAAAUAGCUGUUGGAAUUCUAGGAAGUGGAGACUUUGCUCGCUCUUUAGCAACACGUCUGAAAAAUUCCGGUUACAGUGUGAUCGUUGGAAGUCGACAUCCGAAAUCCACAGCACAUUUAUUUUCCAAUGUGGCUGAAGUCACAAAUCAGCGAGAUGCCAUUGAAAGAGUAAAUGUGAUCUUCAUAGCACUAUACCGGGAACAUUACAGCACACUGAGUGAGCUGAGAGAUGUACUGACUGGGAAAAUUUUAGUGGAUGUCAGCAACAACAUCCGGAUCAACGAGUAUGAAGAAUCAAAUGCUGAAUAUCUAGCCUUUCUGUUCCCAGAAUCGACUGUGGUAAAAGGUUUUAAUGUAGUCUCAGCCUGGGCUUUACAAUCUGGUGGAAGAGAUGGAAAUAAGCAGGUGAUGAUCUGCAGUGACAGUCAAAAGGCUAGAUCUACGGUGGCUGAUAUGGCACGGAAUAUGGGAUUUGUUCCCAUGGACAUGGGCUCAUUAUCAUCUGCACACGAAAUUGAGAAUCUACCAUUAUGCCUCUUUCCUUCAUGGAAAAUUCCCAUUCUGCUGUCACUUGGCUUAUUUGUAUUUUUCUACAUCUAUAAUUUUAUUAGAGGGGUUAUUCAUCCAUUUACAACUAAAGGACAAAAUAAUUUUUAUAGAAUCCCAAUUGAAAUUGUCAAUGUCACUCUGCCAUGCGUUGCCUUUGAGUUGUUGGCUUUCGUUUACCUAGCAGGAAUCCUUGCAGCCUUCCUCCAACUACACAAUGGAACAAAAUACAAGCGUUUUCCACACUGGUUAGAUCAAUGGCUUCAGCAAAGGAAACAACUUGGAUUGCUAAGCUUUUUCUUUGGUGCUUUACAUGCAGUCUAUAGCCUCUGCCUCCCUAUGCGCAGAUCUGCGCGUUACAAACUGCUGAAUGAAGCUUUUAAACAGGUUGAAGCUGGCAACGAAAAUGCCUGGGUGGAGGAAGAAGUAUGGAGAAUGGAAAUUUAUGUUUCCUUUGGAAUUCUGGCACUUGGUAUCCUUUCACUAAUUGCUGUGACCUCCUUGCCAUCAGUGGCAGGUUCCCUGAACUGGAGAGAAUUCAGCUUUAUCCAAUCUAGACUUGGAUACACUGCACUGGUGUUCAGCACCCUUCAUACGUUGACCUACGGGUGGGAGAAAGCCUUCGACCCAACACAGUACAGAAAACACUUAGUUGCCACUCAACAUCUCCUUUAAUGGCAAA